AAUGCAAGCCAUGUGCUGCUCAAAACAAACAUCCACCUGGCAGAGGACAGAGGGAAAAACACAGACUCAUCAUGUCAAGCUCCUCUGAGACCCUGCAGUUUCGUUUCCCCACCCAUGGUGACUCCAUCCUCAGCAAAAUCAACACUCUGCGAGAGGAGCACCGCUUCUGUGACAUCACACUCCUCCUCGAUGGUCCACGAGGCACCACCGCCCAACCUCAGCACUUCCACGGUCACAGAGCGGUGCUUGCAGCGUCCUCAGACUUCUUACGUGACCAGUUCUUGCUCUACGAAGGCCGAGCCGAGCUGAGCAUUGGUGUCAUUUCCAGUGUUGAGGUUGGCCAGAGACUUCUCCUGUCCUGCUACACCGGAAUCUUAGAGGUCCCUCUGAGAGAACUUGUGAGCUACUUGACUGCUGCCAGUGCACUACAGAUGACCCAGGUGGUAGAGAAGUGCACACAGGCCCUCUCCCAGUACCUCAGUCCCACACUGGCUUUCUUAAAACUUGAGGGACACUUGGAGGAGAAGGAAAUCCAGCAGCCUGGUAGCGGUUGGCUUGGUACCAACUUCCACAAUCAGGAGGAAAGGGAUGCAGCCCAGCCCAGCACUAGCAUCCAGGACGGAGGAGCGGCUGCGAUCCAGUCGAGGGUCAGCCAAGGAGCCAAGGUGAAUGGUCAAGGUGGGGGGAGGGUGGUUAUUGCUAAAAUAGAGUUAACUGAAGAUGCAGCAUGUUGUCUCGAUACUCCGGAGUCAGAGGAAGGAGGAGAGAUUAGGCCUGUUCACAAAAACAAGCCAUCCUGUCAGGUUAAUCACAUUACACGUGCCAUAACAUGUAAACUUCACCCUCCUGCAGCCGUUCAUGAUCAUCUAUCAUCAUCAACCACAAGAAGCUUUACUCAACAGGAAGACUUUGUGCACAGCUCCCAGAUUAAAGAUGAAGAAGCAGGGGAAGAGCAAAAAGAUGAGGAAGAGAUGCUUAUGCUGGAGCUACAAGAUUAUGAAAAACUGAUAGCCUCAAAUCUAUUUGGCCAAUCUAUUUCAAGUCAUUGCUCAGGAGAUGAUUCAGAACAUUCAGACAGCGUAUUAGUCCAGAGGCCGUACCUGUGCAGGAGGUGUGACCGAGUCUUCCAGCACCUGGAGAGCUAUGUGGGACACCUGAAGGAGCACAGACAGUACUUGUGUUUGGUCUGUGGGAAAGGCUUUUCCCAGAGGAGUAAUCUGAUCCACCACAUACGUAUCCACACUGGAGUCAAGCCUUUUCGAUGCCCGCUGUGCCACAAGACAUUUUCCCAGAGGGCUACGCUGCAAGACCACCUCAAUCUGCACACAGGGGAUAAGGCCCAUAAUUGUAAAUACUGUGCUGUGCACUUUGCACAUAAACCAGGCCUCAGGCGCCAUCUAAAGGACAUUCAUGGUAAGAGCCUGUAAAAUGUGUGAGGAGGGUGUGCACUGACAGCAAAUAAGCACUAUGAGUUGUUAAA